CUCCGCUCUCUCUCUCUCUCCCUCUCUCUCUCCCUCCCCCCCUUCCCCCAGUUUCUCCAAUUCCACCCCCAAUUCUCGCCUCCCGACCCCGAUCGCCCCAGUGUCGAUCGAAACCCUAACCCCAGUUCCGAUCGAGACCGAAACCCUAGCUUCGCCGACCCGGACGGGUCCGAUCGCCGCUUCUAUCUCCUCCCGCUGCUGCCAGGUUCGAUGGAGCCGCCACCUCCCGCCGCCGCCGCCGCCGCCGCCGCCGCCAAGUACGCCCAGCACUUCUCCAAGAUUCGGCUUUACCCGGGGAGCUCUUCGUACCAGGAUCCGGAUAUCAUGGAGGUGUCACCCUCGCCGGUGUGGGGUUCGAACCCGCAGAAGAAGUUGAGGACUCAAGUUGCUCCUCAUGAUGUUAUUGAGAUUGAUGGAGAUGAUGAUCCUGAUGGUGUUGUGAUUGUUGGUGAAAGUACACCUAAUGACAAGAAUAAGCAACCUGUUGGAUAUUCUAACGAUUGGCAGAAACAUGUAAAGGAUGCUUUGGCCAAUGAUCUUGCAGGACCAAGUGCUCUUAAAAUUUUUGAUCCAGAUUCAUUGAAGACAAACUUCUCUGAUGAGUAUGAGUAUGACGAAUAUAAUUACGACGAAGAUGAUGACGAGUUUUAUGCAUAUGAUGAUGCAUAUAUUGAGCAUGAUUUCAAUUAUAGUUUGGCUGCCAAGUUUGAUGACCUGGAUCUUCCACCUGGAGUGGAGGCAACUGUACCAUGGUUGCAGAAGCCCUUUUCUGAAAAUACUAGUGCGAUCAAGCCAAGUGGUAUGAUGGAACUGAUGCCUAGUAGUGUUGCGGGCACGAUAUUCACAGUGAUGGAUGUGAUUCCUAAUAAUACUACGAGCAAGCCGGUCGAAGUGAUGCCUAGUAAUAGCAAGAGCAAGCCGAUUGAAGUAAUGGAAGUGAUGGAUGAUGAAAUUGAUGAGAAAUACAGAUCAUUUAAACAGUUUGAUACUGUUAAGGAUCAUUCUGAUCAUUACUUUACUAAACCGGAUCUCCGAAAAGUUGGCCUAACAGCUAGAAAGCCAAUGAAAGAUUGGUCAAAGAGAAUUCAACAUGAGUGGAAGGUCUUGGAGAAAGAUUUACCAGAGGCUAUAUUUGUUAGAGUUUAUGAGGAUAGGAUGGACCUCCUUAGGGCUGUCAUUGUUGGACCAGCUGGUACCCCUUAUCACGAUGGUCUCUUCUUCUUUGACAUUUUCUUUCCUCCUGACUAUCCCAAUAUACCACCGAAGGUACAUUAUCAAUCGGGCGGACUUCGACUCAAUCCAAACUUGUAUGCAUGCGGCAAGGUUUGCCUUAGCCUUCUCAACACCUGGUCUGGCAAGGGAUGUGAGAUGUGGAACCCCUCGAAUUCGACUAUGCUCCAAGUCCUGGUUUCUAUCCAGGCUUUGGUUCUGAAUGCAAAGCCUUACUUUAACGAGCCUGGAUAUGCUCAGAUGGCUAAUACACCCCAUGGAGAAAAGAAGUCGCUGGAGUACAAUGAAGACACUUUUCUCUUAUCCUGCAGGACGAUGUUGUAUUCUCUUCGGAGGCCGCCAAAGCACUUCGAGGACUUCGUUGCUGGCCAUUUCCGCAAUCAUGGGCGGGCUAUUCUUGUGGCGUGCAGAGCUUACAUGGAAGGCGCUCAAGUCGGUUGUCUGGUUGGAGAAGGGAUCCAGGAUGUCGAUGAGGGCGACAAGAGCUGCUCCCGGGCCUUCAAGACAAACCUGAAGAAGCUCUUUGAGGAGCUUCUGAUGGAGUUUACUGUGAAAGGAGCCAACUGUCGUGAAUUCCUUGCCCAGAAAGUUCAGGGAGGCAGCAGAGCAGCCGCCGCCGCCGCCGCAACAGCACCGACAGACACUACAUUAAGGCUAGGAAGUUGGUUUGGGCCACCACAUAUUAAGCCUUGAAAGUAUCCAGUCUCUUCUUCUAUUUUAAUAAUUGGUAAACAUUAUGGUUCAAAUACCUAACAUCUCUGUAAAUAAUAUUUUUGUAAGUAAUUUCCUAGCUCUGAAUUUUGUGAUAUUUAAGAUAAUUUUAAGGGGGGGUUUAUUGUCGUCGUUUUCUUUUUGGGGUAACGUAGUUGUUUAGUGAGGCCCUCUAAAUGCAUGGGGUCUGUGGGUGAGUCGAUGGUGAUGAUGUUUACUGGAACAUGUUGAUAGAAGAUUGCUGAGUUUAGUGAUCAUCAACGUGUAUCUGCAACAUUUUUUUAAUUACCUUAAGAUCUAAUUUCAUGGCGCCAAAUGACUAUAUAUAUGCUUAUAGUUGCAUUUGCU